GCGGGCUCCCUACUCGCCGCCAUUAUGAACAUCCGCAAUGCUGGGCCGGCGGAUCUGAUGAACAUGCAGCAUUGCAAUCUCCUUUGCCUUCCUGAGAACUAUCAGAUGAAGUACUAUUUCUACCAUGGCCUUUCUUGGCCUCAGCUCUCUUAUAUUGCUGAGGAUGAGGACGGGAAGAUGGUGGGCUAUGUGCUGGCCAAAAUGGAAGAGGACCCAGACGAUGUCCCCCACGGGCAUAUCACCUCACUGGCUGUGAAGCGCUCGCACCGUCGUCUCGGCCUGGCCCAGAAGCUGAUGGACCAGGCCGCCAGGGCCAUGAUCGAGAACUUCAGUGCCAAAUAUGUGUCCCUGCAUGUCAGAAAGAGCAACCGGGCCGCUUUACACCUCUACUCGGACGCCCUCAACUUUGAGGUUAGUGAGGUGGAACUGAAAUACUAUGCAGAUGGGGAAGAUGCCUAUGCUAUGAAGCGAGAUCUCACACAGAUGGCUGAGGAGCUGAAGCAGCAGCGGGAGCUGAAGAAAUGUGGAUACGUGGUGCUGGGCUGCAGGGAGAGUGAGGUGGAGACCCACAUCAGCACACAUCCCAGUUGUGAAGAGGCCUGCCAGGAGGCAAAGAGCCCAGAGGCUGAGGAUAGAGGUGACUGCAAGGAGCUCAGUGACUGCUCUGAGAGCCUCGAUGCUCAGGACGGCUCAGGAGACUUGGAUUCUGCGGCCUAG